AUGACCGAAUUACAUAGUAUAAUCCUACAAAAUUCUGAUGAAAAUAAUGAUUCAACAAUACGACGAGUACUCGUCAAUAUUGAAAAUCUCAUCGAAAUGCUUGGUAAUGAACUUGAUCAAAAUAAAUCAUCUAUAUCUCCUAAUUUAAUGAAUUAUUCAUCGACAACAACAAUAACAAGUGUUACAAUAAGUGAUGAUGAUAAUAAUCAUCGACUUAUUGAACAUCUUCGUCAUCGUAUUAUUCGAUUAGAACAUGAACGAAAUGUUCUUCUUACAUCAUAUCAAUUAUUAAUUAAACUUCUCAAAUAA